UAUUUGAUCCAAAGUGUAACCUAUACAAUUGAACACCUAAAAAGUAUAUAUAUAUAUAUAAUAGCUUCUUCGAGUGACGAUUUGUUAAUUUUUUCCUUUACUAAGUAUUGCGAGCGAAACUCAAGUACUGUGCCAUCGUUAGUGGAAGAAAAAUACGGGAACAUGGACGAAGAGAAGAAAAGGGCGAAGAGCAAGAAGAGUGUUUCGUAUUCGAAAUCACCGGUAACAUCAUCCCCAAAGUUCGAAGACACGAGUAAAGGAAAGAAGGGCUACAUCGGAAGGAACUCCUCUCCAUCCGAGGACAAAGAAAACGGGGCACUUUCUCUCGUCGCCCAGAGGAUAAAACAGCUCUACCAGAGCUCGGCUUACUCAGCGCCCCGUACUGACGAGGAAAAAUCAACGUCCGAUGUCAAGAAGAAGAUAAAAAAGUUCGUGAGGAUGUCGGCGGGGUCGUCGCCCCCGGGGGGGAAGGAGAACGGCGGUGCCAAGAGAAAAAAGUACCCUACCACUCCGAUGGCUAAAAGAAAUCUCUUUCAAGAAGAUAAGGAAUGGAAAAAACAGUCCACCGAAAGAGAGAGAGCCGAACUUUCGCCACCCAAGGCACUAUUUUUUGAAAAUGGUACAGAUGAGGAUGAUGAUGAUAAUACGGAUCCAUUAGCCAUGAAGCCACUGUAUUUCGACGAAAGGAGAACAUCGUUCGAGACAACGUCACCUACUCCCUUUGGUAUGAAGUACACUUAUUUUUACUCUGUUUUCUAUGCAUAA